AUGUCUCACGCCAGAGCAUCCAGCCGGUACUAUUCCGACUAUGAACGGGCUCUCGAAAAAGCGGCUGAACGGCCCAAGACAUCCCCGCCUUCAUCUGCACCUUCAUCUCGAACCUCGUCGGCGACAUCCUUGCAGCCAGCCGCGCCAGUGGCUGAGUGGUGCCAUCAAAUGCACUUAAUCCAGAAGCGGAAAUACGAUUGGUGUACUGGCUGCUAUCCCAAGCCUCCGCCCGCUCCGAGCUCUGUCAAAAUCCCGUCUCAGAAGGUGCUGCAACAGUCCAGAAUGGGCAACGAACCUGGUCAUGCAUAUCAGUAG